AUGGAUACGAUUUCAAUAACUGAUGGAAUUCCACAAAAUCCAAAUGAAGAAAGAUUUAAAAAAUUAGUUAAAAAAUUUAAAAUAAAUUAUAAUGGAAUUCAACCACAGUUUCUUUGUCGUGCGCCAGGUCGAGUUAAUCUUAUUGGUGAACAUAUUGAUUAUUGUGGUUAUUCCGUAUUGCCAAUGGCUAUUGAUCAAGAUAUUGUAUCCGUCUUUGCUACAUGUGAUAAUAAUGAAGUACAAAUCAAUAAUACCGACGAAUCAUUUAAAGCUGGUUCAUUUAACAUGGAAAAUUUUUCUAUUUCAUAUGAAAAAUCUGAUUGGUACGAAUAUUUUAAAUGUGGUAUUCAAGGCAUUCGUGAUAAAUUUCCUGAUAUUAAAUUAAAAGGUAUUAAAAAAGAUCGUGAUGAAGAAAAUUUUUUAUCAUAA